CUGUCCUUUUCACAUCGAAAGAAAAAAAAAAAUCUGCUUCACUUUCUCUCUUCCCGCUACUCUUUCCCUCUCAACCCAAAUUAUAAACCACAGCUUCAAGUCCUCUCUCACUCUCUCUCUGCGUGGAAUCGCUUUCUUCUCUGUAAGGUCUGAAAUCCAGGGUGUGAGGCUCUGGGGCUCAGAUUGUACUGUGAAUCACUGGGGUUGCUAAGAAACUUUUGGCUCUGAAGGGCCAAUGUGUAGUGUCUAAUCUGUUUAGUGGCUGUCGCUGCUUCAUGUUGCUUUGGUGGUUGUUACUGGGAUGGUGGGAUGAGGAUUUUGGAUGAUUGUUGGAUUGUGAAGAGACAGGGCAAGGGAAUUUGCCCUUUUGUGGUUCAUAUAGUUUAUUUUAUAUAAUCUAGGUGAUUAAUUCAUUGAAUUUCAAACCAAUCAUGGAGUGCAACAAAGAUGAGGCCAUCAGGGCUAAGGGGAUUGCAGAGAAGAGGAUGCAGAGCAGCGAUUUUGAAGGGGCUAUGAAGAUUGCAAAGAAGGCUCAGCAGCUGUUUCCUGAGCUUGAGAACAUGUCUCAAUUGCUUGCAGUCUGUGAGGUUCACUGCUCUGCACUAAACAAAUUAUAUGGGUCAGGAAUGGACUGGUAUAGAAUUCUUCAGACUGAAAAAUCGGCUGAUGAGGCAACCAUCAAGAAACAGUACAGAAAGCUAGCACUGUUACUUCACCCUGAUAAGAAUCAACUUGCUGGUGCGGAGGCUGCUUUCAAGCUAGUUGGGGAAGCACAUAGGGUGCUCACAGACCAGGCAAAACGUUCUUUAUAUGACAUGAAAUAUACAUGCUCAUUAAAACCUACUGCACCAAUGCCACCACCCCCUCAGUCGAAUAAGAACUCAUUUGUCACAAAACAGCCUAGGGUGGAAAAUAAUCUUCAUAGCUUUCCUCAUCCAUAUACAAAUUUGGGGCAUUAUCAGCGGGUAGCACCACAGCAGACAUUCUGGACAUGCUGCAUCAAUUGCAAUAUAUGGUAUGAAUAUCAUAAAGAUUAUGUGAAUAAACGGUUAUGUUGUCAAAGUUGCUUAAAAUCCUUUAUUGCCCAUGACUUGGGUACUCAAGGUGUGCCAAAAGGAAAUCCCUGCCAUCGAUCUCCCAAUCAGAAAGUAGCUUCAAAUCAGGGGCCGUCCAAAGUAACCUCACAAAUUGAUGGUAGAAAGCCAUCCGCUAUGAGAUUUCCAGAUAGAUUUGUCGGGUUAGAUCCAUUUUCAAAGGCAGGAGGUACUGCUCAGGUUCACGGGGGUUCUAAAACUGAAGUGGAAGCAGAUCGACAUGUGGAUGUGGGAAGGGGAAAGGAAGGUGUUGAAGUGCCCAAGUCAAAUGCAGCAAAGUCCAGCAAACCAGGAUUAUCAAAAAAUGGAAGCAGGAAGAGGAGGAAGUCGGCUUUGGAAUCCAGUGAAAGCUAUGAGGCUGGAAGCAGUGAUGCCAAUGACAAAGGUGUGAGUAUUCACAAAUAUGGUAGCAAUCCUUCUGGAAAGAAUUCUAGAAAUGAUAGGAGAUUGUCAAGACAAAAGCAAAAUGUUUCUUGCCAGGAAAAUCUUAAUGCUGAUGAUGAUGAUUUUGUGAAUCCUCCCAAGCGGGGAUGUAGAUCAUUCAGUAUCAGUGAUGAGGAGAUGAAAGAAGCAGCUGUGGAUGGAGGGGUAUGUAACAAUGAUAAUUCAGCUCCUUAUGCAGCUGAGGAUAGACAUAGGAAAGAGGUCAAGCAAAAAGCAAAUGCCCCUGAAGAAAGUUUGCUAAACAAAAAGAGCAAAACCGGUAAAUAUGACACAGAAAGAGAAGAAGCAGCUACUUCAGAUCGUGACGAUUCGAAGUCCAAAGCUGGCGAUAUGCCUGAAGCGAAAUCUGUCGGUAGCAUUGAAGUUGCCGAUCCAGAGUUCAGUGAUUUUGAGACUUGUAAGAAAGAAAACUGCUUUGUUGUUAAUCAAACAUGGGCUAUGUAUGAUCCAAUAGAUAGCAUGCCGAGAUUUUAUGCUCGUGUCAAGAAAGUGUUUUCCCUUGGUUUUAAGCUGCAUAUCACAUGGUUGGAGGCUGAUCCACAUGACCAAGGCGAAAUUGAUUGGCUUAGUGCGGAUUUGCCUAUUGCAUGUGGUAAGUACAGACUUGGUGCCACUGAAGAAACUGUCGAUCGUCUUAUGUUUUCUCAUCAGAUGCAGUGUAUAAAAGGCAGUGAUAGAGUUUCUUACCUGAUAUAUCCUAGAAAGGGUGAAACGUGGGCCCUCUUUAAAGAUUGGGAUAUUAGAUGGAGUUCUGACCCAGAAAAGCAUUUGCCAUUCAAAUUUGAGUUUGUGGAAGUCCUCUCAGAUUUUGAGGAUGUUGGCAUUAAGGUUGCGUAUUUGGGAAAGUUGAAGGGGUUUGUUAGCCUGUUUCAGCGAACUGAGAAGCAUGGAACUGUUUCAUUUCAAGUUCCAGUUAAAGAGCUAUAUAGAUUUUCGCAUCGAAUACCAUCCUUCAGAAUGACCGGGGAGGAAAAAGAAGGUGUUCCCAAAGGAUCUUUUGAACUCGAUCCUGCUUCUCUGCCUACUGAUCUUGACAAGCAUGAUGAUCCUGGUGUUGUGAAGAUGGAGAAUGGACACAUGGAUGCUGAAUUCAGUGGUUUGUAUUGCAAGUCCUCAGAAAAUAAAGUGGAACAUGUUAUGGGUUCUGACGGAAUUGAACCAAAACGAGAGACACCAAUGCUUAAAAGGUCAUCAAGACAGUCAAACGGCACACAUACAAAUCAUGCUGAAGUAGAUGCCAGUCGAUGUAUAGCUAAAGAGGGUGCUAGUAAAGAAAAUAGCCAUUGUGACCUCGCUCAGCCCAAAGGAAUGGCUACUUCAUGUCAGGCUGAUAAGGAUAUCAACACACCAAAAAAAUUCCAGACACCAAAUAAGCAGGAGAAGCAAGAUAUCGAAAGACAAUCCUUAAAUCUUAGAAGAUCACCAAGGAAUUUAAGCAAGAAAAAUAGUCAAGUAAAUGAACCUCAAUCCACAAAUGAGGAGGGAACUUUUAAGCAUUCAGAUGAUGACAAAGAAGAAAACCAAUGCAGCCUCACCAAGUCCAAAGGCAGUGUUUCUUGUCAGUUUGAUGAGAAAAUGCAUUUAGAUGCGAAGUACCAUUCUUUCAAUAGUUUCACGAAAAGCCCUGGUGUCUCUCCACCCAUGACUUCAGGUUGCAAAAUUUCAGAAGCUGAGCCCAACUACUUUAAUGGCCAAAAGUCAGAAGAGAACUUUCAGCUUGAUCAGAUAUGGGCAAUAUAUAGUGAAAGGGAUGGUAUGCCUAAGAACUAUGCACAAGUUAAGAAGAUUGAAUCUACCCCUGAGUUCAGAUUGCAUGUGGCUUUGCUUAAACCCUGUUCAUUGCCGAAAGACACAAGUCAGUCAGUUUGUUGUGGGUUGUUCAAGGUAAAAAAUGGAAAGACUAAGGUCCUUUCCCGCUCUGCAUUUUCUCACCGAUUAAGAGCUGAAUCCACUGGUGAGAACAUAUACAAAAUUCACCCUAGGAAAGGUGAGGUUUGGGCAUUAUACAAGAACCUGAACUUCAAGGUGACAUGUUCUGACACGAGGAAGGGAGAAUGUGACAUAGUGGAGGUGCUAGAAGCUAAUGACCAGAGCACAGAUAUUGUUGUUUUGUCACCUCUUAGUGGGUUUACAUCAGUUUUCAAGUCUCCAAGAAUCCAGAGAUCAAAAUCUGGUAUGAUUGGUAUACCGCAUGUUGAGAUUGCCAGAUUCUCCCAUCAGAUUCCUGCUUUCCAGCACUUGGGGGAAAAAGAUAGUCGCCUGAUGGGCUGUUGGGAGCUUGAUCCUGCUGCAGUUCCUCGUUAUUAUCUGUCUAGAGUGAAUCAGCAAUGCAGUACUGUUUAUACAUCGUAUGUCCGCUAACACAAGUGUAAGCAGACACUUGUGCCACAAUGCACCAUGUGAAAAACGAAAUGAGUUUAGGAGAAACAGUCAAGUUUGAUUAUUCUCUUUUGUCUGUAACCGUGGGAAGCUUCAAAAGUCAACUUUUGUCAGUCCAGAUUUAUCCCAGUCUCCCAGUCUCCCAGAAGAGGUGGUUUUUUGGCUAGUUUCUGAUACACCUUGUUCUGUUUUUUUUUUUCCUUGCAAUGUAUCUUGGCCUUUUGGAUGUAGACAUGUAGUGUCUGGCUGGAGUAUUAGCCGAGUUGUCCUUGAUGUAACUCCCAACUUUAAAUUCAGGAUAUUUCUCUGUGUGCAGUAUUUAAUAUGCCUAUUUCUAAAGCAACUUUGGAAACAA